AUGAAGUGUCCUUCCACUGGAAGAAAAGGAGUUGUCAUUGCUGUGAUCUGUGCCAUGGCAGUGAUUUGCAUAGCUCUCACUGUAACCCUGACAGUCAACAGGAAAUCCCCACAAGGUACUAAGCAAGAAGACCAGGGUUUGCUGGAGGUGGGGCCCCCCUUCAGUACAGGUGGAGAUAUGUUGGAUUAUCUGUUCAAUCUGAGGAGAAUAGACCGGAAAGAUGGCUUGCUGGUCAGCUGGUACCAUGCUGCAAACCGGAAGAGUGAAAUGGAAGAGGCAUUAAAGAGUGAUGUUAUGGCCUUGGAAGCUGAUGUCACCGUUGAAGCACACAACACACCCAAUGAGACAGACACACCCAUCAUGGCCCAUCCACCUGACAUCUACAGUGAUAACACUCUUCAGGAAUGGCUGGAGGCAGUCCUUAAGUCAUCCAAUAAAGCCAUCAAGCUGGAUUUCAAAAGCAUCAAAGCUGUUGGCCCAUCUCUGGAUACAUUAGUAAAAACCUCCUCUCAAAUGAAUAUCGACAGACCUGUGUGGCUAAAUGCAGACAUUCUGAGAGGCCCAAAUGUACCUAUUAAUAUUGCAGUCAACGCAAGCCGAUUCCUCUCACUCAUCCAGGAGAAGUUCCCAAACUGCACCCUCUCCCCAGGAUGGUCAACCCUCUAUUUACCUUUCUUUCCAAACAAGACCUACACACAGAAAAUGGUUGAGGACAUGCAUAGCCUCGUAGAGAACCUGCCUCAGCGAAUCACCUUCCCUAUAAGAGCUGUCAUGGCAAGACCAGCCUGGCCUCAUUUGAGCUGGCUUCUCAGCCAGUCUGACAGGUACAGCCUGACUCUCUGGCAAGGGAAGACUGAUCCAGUUACAGUGGAUGAUCUCCUCUUUAUCCGAAAGAAUAGCCAACCUGAACAAAUCUAUUACGACCUUUUUGAACCUGUGUUGACUCAGUUCCGAGACUUGGCAUGUGAGUAUUAA